UGUCUGCUGAUGUAGUCUGCUGAUGCAGUCUACCGGUUUUGGCGUUAAAUGAUUUCGUAACACACAGUUAAAAGUUUGGUUUAUUUUUUGUCUCUUUUCUGACAGUAGGGACUUUGCGCAAUCCUUUAAUGUCUCUUAUUCGUUUAUAAUAGUGUAGAAAACUAAUCUAGACUCAGAUAGCGUUACACCCAAUCCUGACCAACAGAAGCUAACAUUAGCUAGCUCCAACCAAGUCGAUAUAGAUUUUUAACACUGUCGUCAAAAUGGGUGAGGAAAUUAUCGAGAACCUAAAUACGGGCAGCAAACCUGCUAACAACUACACCAAUGAGAAAAAUGGCGAAACAGCGGAUAGCUGUGUAAAAUACUACACGUUAGAGGACAUAAGAGUACAUAACUUGAGCAGUGACACAUGGCUCAUCAUCCACGAUAAAGUAUAUGACGUUACAAGCUUCCUCGAAGAGCAUCCAGGCGGUGAAGAGGUUUUAUUGGAGCAGGGAGGUGCGGAUGCCACAGAGAGUUUUGAGGAUGUGGGUCAUUCCACAGAUGCCAGGGAGAUGCUCCAGCAGUACUACAUUGGGGAGCUCCAUGUGGAUGACAGAAAAAAGGAGAAAACAAAGGGGGAACAAAUCACAAAUUCAGGAGAGUCCAGCAGCUCCUGGACCAUGUGGUUGAUACCUGCUGCAGCUGCAGCUGUUGUUGGGAUCAUAUAUCGUUUCUUUGUGUUUGAACACAAGUCCUCUUGAGCCCUUGCAUCCUGUUUUCGUCCCAUUCUUUUCAUCAGGCGGCCUUGAAUUGUUUGACCAAAACAUCCUCAUUGCUGAAUGCACACAGUUGGGACAGUUGGCAUCCUCAGCAACAAAAAAAAGAGAAGAAGCAGUGUGAUGAAAUGUUGUCUUUGUCCGUCUACUUGGAGAGCAUCUAAGAGAGCUGGGGUGGAGACUUUAUUAAAUUGUCUGCCUUUACUUUCUUUUUAUGUCAUUGUCACUAUGCCCAUAGUCAUGAUGUUUAAUGUUGUCUUUCAGCUUAACUUUUAUGUGCAUUUAACACAACUGGAUGUUCAUAACUCAUUUGACCAUUUAGAAAAAUCCAGUUGCACUUAUAUAAUUACACCGACUAUAGGUACAUUGCAGGAUAUGUUAGAUGACGACAUCCUGUUUGUGGUAAGCAGUCCCCAUUCUAGAUUUUAACCUUCAUGACCUCCACAACAUUUUCGGGGGAUUAAUGUCAUUCCUUCCUUAAUGCACAGUUUUGCUUUUUUAUUGCAUUUGACACCUGCAAACAAUCUGUCCAGCUAUGUAAAAAUGAAGUGUCAAAUAUUUGUGUCUGAUCCUUUUUGAAAAUCAUUUUUAAUUUUAUCUGCGAUUAUUUAAGAUAGAAUGGGAUCUGACUUGUAAAUGUAUUGAGUAUGAAUAAUAUACUUUAUACUUUUAGCAUCCAGAUAUAAUAGAUUAUGAUAAAUAACAGUGUACUUGAAUAUUAAUUCAGCUUCUUUGUUAUUUUUCUGUGUGUUAUUUAACUGAUUCUUUUUCAGUAAUUUCUUGAAUUGUAAUGCAUCUGCAUUUUUUUACACUUGGGUAGGAGGUACUAUCAUUGUGGGUUUUGAGCUGGUUUCCAUUAGGUCAUGUGCAUAUAUUUGUGCUCUUUGGGGACUAGCCAGAAAUAAUAGCCAUAGAUGCAUGGUUUGUAGUCUACAGUUCGUUACUGUGCAUUUAUUCACCUAUUUACCAAAUAUUUUUAAUUUGAUUCAGAUAAGCACCACACAGCAUUUGAGCACCAAGUUUAGGAGAUGAACUGGAAUUCUUGGUUCACCUCAUAAUUCAUUUGUCUAGUUACCAACAGUCACUUAUGUUUCUGCAAAAAAAUUUUUUAUUUGAUCAAAAUAUUACUUCCAGAUGUCAAAGUGUCAUCUGAUUUUCAAACGUUUGUAAUCUUUUUGCAUUUCAACUGCUAUUUGUUAUUGAAAUACUCUAUAAAUCAAAUAAAAAUCUAAGUGUGAAGAA